AUGCAAACAUUCAUAUUUAUAUUUAAUAUUAUAUUAUUAAUAUUCAUUCUAAGAGUUGAAUCAACAUAUCAUGUUUAUACAUAUGAUAAUGGUGUUGGUGAUGACGAACAUUGUUGUUUUGUACGAUUAGGUUCAAAUUUUUGUUUGGCAAAACCUCUUACACGUAGUUUAUUACAAGCCAAUCAAGAAUGUCAACGUUUGGGUAUUAAUGGAAAAAAUAAAAAUGAUUUAAAUAAAAUAGUUCGUCGUUUAAAUGUUGAAAAAUCAGACAAAGUUGGUAAUAAAAUAAUUAUUCAAUUAAAAACACCAUUAGAUAAAAAUAUACUUAAAAAUGAUCUUUUAUGUUUAUCAUCAACAAAUAAUAAUAAUAUUAAUUUAGAAAAAUGUUUUAUUGAAGUAGCUGAUGAUCAACAACAAAAAAAGAAAAGAAAAGAUCGUCUUGGUAAACAAGGUGGCAAUAAAACAGUUGAUGCAAUAGUUCUUGAAGUAAAACCUGAAAAAGAAAAUGGUAUUCAACUUAUUCAAGUUUCUGAACCAAUACAAACUCAUGAAAAACUUGGUCUUACUUUUCAACAAGUUUAUGAACUUAAUCUAACUGAUUUUCGACCAACAACAAAUCAACAACGUCUAUGUUGGUCAUGGUUUCGUCAACAUACAAAAAAAUUAUGUAAUCAUCCAAAAUAUUUUCAGAAGACAUGUAUUUCUUUAAAUACAAAACGAGAAAAAUGUCUUCAUAGAUUAUUUUAUAAAAAAAUUAAUGAUAAUGAAAAUGAAUCAUAUACAAAAAAUGUUAUUACAAUUGGUUCAAAAUUAUAUUGUGAAGAUAUUAAUAAACAAGCUAAAUUUCUUGGUUAUCAUCGUCAAAGUGAAAUAUGUUUUCAAACACAUACACAAAUAUCUAUUCGACAUAAAUUUACAGAUUUUGUUAGUUUAUCUGAUAAAAAUAAAAAUAAACAUGUACUUCAAUUUAUAGCAAAUGAUACAAAAUUAUCAAAUGACUUUGAACAGGAUUGUCGUGAUAAAACAACAUUAAAUGAAAUAAGAAAAUCAUUAGAAAAACAACCUGAAAAACCAAUUAAAUCUGAUGAUAAACCAGCAGAACAAGCAUAA